UUCUCUGAAAGCUCUCCAGGCAAAAUUCAAAAUCCAAGUUUCUUCCUGUAUUACCUAAUUAUCUAUUAUCAUCUGCCGCCAAACAAAAAAAGAGCUUCAAAAAAGGAAAACUUGCCUCUCACGAAAUGCCAAGAAAAGGAAUGAGGAGCCUUUGUUUUAGUCCCAGAACGCCGUCGUUUUCCACCUCUCGUCAAUCCACCACCUCGGAGUCUACGGCCAGUAGUACUAAUCGCCGGAGAUUUUCAGAAUCCAUGAUCGAGCAAACGAUCGACGCCGCAGCUACAAUCAUCAUGAAAUGGGAUGCUGAUACGUCGGCUUACGCUAAAGUCACUUCUCUUUUCUACGAAAGCAAAAGAGAAGCCUUACGGUUCAUAAGAUCUGUUAACGAGUUACAAAAAACAAUGCAUUUGUUAGUUUCUGAGCAAGGUUCCGGUUCGGAAAAACUCGUUCGAGCUCAAAUUUUGAUGCAAACAGCGAUGAAGAGGCUUCAAAAAGAAUUUUACCAGAUUUUAUCGAUGAACCGGGCUCAUUUGGAUCCAGAAUCGGUUUCUACAAGAUCGUCACGGACCUCCGCGAGAUCUAGUACGUCGGAUUUUGAUGACGAUGAUGAGAUCCGAACCGCAGGUGAUUCUAUCUCUGAAAUAGAAGAAGUUUCUUCUAUGGCCAUGUCGGAUUUGAAAUUGAUAGCUGAUUGCAUGAUUGCUUCUGGUUAUGCUAAAGAAUGCAUGCAUAUUUAUAAAAUAAUUCGAAAAUCGAUUAUCGAUGAAGGUAUUUAUAAGCUGGGAAUCGAGAAAUUGAGUUCGUCUCAGGUUAAUAAAAUGGAAUGGGAUGUACUUGAUUUAAAAAUCAAGAACUGGUUAGAAGCUGAGAAGAUUUCAAUGAGAACGCUUUUCACCGGAGAACGAAUCCUCUGCGAUCAGGUCUUUGCUACUUCCGAUCUCAUCAAAGAAUCUUGUUUCACGGAGAUUUCAAAAGAAGCAGCGAUUCUUUUGUUUGGAUUCCCGGAGCUCGUCGCCAAGACGAAAAAAUAUUCGCAGGAGAAAAUGUUCCGUGUACUCGACAUGUACUCGGCGAUUUCAGAAGACUGGAAAGAGAUCGAAACGAUCUUUUCAUUCGAAUCCACUUCAACCGUUCGAUUACAAUCUCUCGACUCGCUGGUUCGACUCAGUGAGUCCAUUCGUUCGUUGUUGAUGGACUUUGAAUCGACAAUCCAAAAGGAUUCAUCCAAAACGAUGAUUCCAGGUGGCGGUUUACAUCCACUAACGAUCUCCUCGAUGAAUUACCUCACUCUCCUCGCCGAUUACAGCAACAUCCUCACCGACAUUAUCUCGGACUGGCCACCACCGGCGAAAUCAACGUUACCGGCUUCUUUCUUAUUCAGUCCAGAUUCCGAAGAUUCAACGGCGCCGGCGAUUUCCGUCCGAUUUGCUUGGCUCAUCCUCGUCUUACUCUGCAAACUCGACGGUAAAGCAAAGCAUUACAAAGACGUUUCCUUAUCAUACCUCUUCUUAGCCAACAAUCUCCAACACGUAAUCUCCAGAGUCCGUACAUCGAAUCUCCAGUACAUACUCGGCGAAGAAUGGAUCACUAAACACGAGGCUAAGGUGAAACAAUUCACAUCAAAUUACGAGCCGUUAGCGUGGGGUGAAGUGUUCGCCUCGUUGCCGGAGAAUCCAACGGCUCCGAUAACGGCUGGUAAAGCCAAAGACUGUUUCAGAAAAUUCAAUGCAAGCUUUGAAAAAGCGUAUUGGAAGCAACGUUCUUGUAUCGUCCCGGAUUCAAAACUGCGAGAAGAGAUCAAAGUUUCCAUCGGAACAAAACUGGUGACAUUAUAUCGAGACUUUUAUAAUACGCAUAUAUCAACGGUCGGAGAUGAAAGGAGUGCAAGAUUAUUUGUUAGGUUUUCACCCGAAGACAUCGGGAAUUACUUCUCUGAUUUGUUCUAUGGGACGGUGAGUUCUGGUAGUUCAUCGACGUCGUCUUCGGUAUCAUCUCAUCACCGCCGGCAAAUGCUGCGGUCGCCGUUAAGAGUGUAAAGCUUUAUUUCUUGUUGAAAUUUGAAGAUAAAAUAAUCGUAAAAUAAUUUACGGCGAUUUUUUGAAAUCCUUAAAAUCGGCGCUAUCUUUUUCAGGUAGUUAUCUAACGACCUUGUAAACUUCAAUGGCUUUCAUAUCUGUUCCUUUUUAAAUCUGUUUAUGCUGUUUACUCCGCAGAUAUGGAAGUUCCAUUUCUCUUUCUAUCCUUUGCUGCUGAUUUUUACGUAAACUUGAGAAUGUAAUAUGUUGUAAUUUAUGAAUUUAAUUGAAUUUUUAAAAAUAUUUUUUUAACAUUUUA